GCAUUCCAUUACAUAACUUCCAAAUGAUAUUGCAAAGAAAUUCAGAAUACAUUAUUCAUAUAUUUCAUGCAUCCCAAUAAAUAUAAACUAUUUCUUCCUUUCCUAUUUUAUCUCUAUCGCUGGUAGGUUCCCUGAUGGGAAACAUUGUGAUGCAAAGAUGCCCGGGAGAAGACCGAGACUACAGAAUGUAAAACAAUUGCGGCUAUCUUGGACUUUAUCUGCCCCCUUAUCGGAAAACGUCUUCAGCCUGCAUUGAGUCAGUUUUGUCUUACCUGAGCAUAAAACAUUGUGAUGCACAGAUCCUCGGGAGAAGACCGAAAUUACAGAAUGAAAAGCAGUUGCCGCUAUCUUGGAUUUUAUCUGCCCCCUUAUCGGUCUACGGGUGGUGAUUUGAAGUCGAUCUUGAGAAGACCGAAACCACUGAAUGAAAAGCUAAUGUUGCUAUCUUCGACUUUAUCAUUCCCCUCUUUGACAUGUCUGCCGCUGGAUAAAUGGUGGUGCGUGAGGCUUUGUGACGUCUUCAAGAAUACUGAAACUACAGAGUGAUAAGCCGUUGCUGCUAUUCUCACCAUGAUCUGCCCUCUCAUUGAUUAACUCAAACACACACAAAAAUGCCACCGACGGACAAUCAAGGAUCUUUCCUCAACAGAAUCAGCAUUCGUAGAAAUCAAGUUGCUUACGAGCACGAAUUCGAAGAUCUUGAACAAUUCCAAAAACACGUCGCUGACCGUCUCUCCGAGCUCUUCCAUCCUCAAGAUCAUCAAGACACCACCGCAAACGUUGAUCCGCCAGAGGCUCUGUUUUCCAUUGGAUGGUUUCGCAAACUCCUCGACAUAUUCUUAUGCUGCGAGGCGGAAUUCAAAGCGCUCGUGAUCAUGGGCCGUGACGCCAGCAAUUUCUCAAAGUCACCAUUAGACCGCCUUUUCCCCGAACACCUUGAUCGUACGGUCAAAGCUCUUGAUAUUUGCACUGCUCUGAAUCAUGGAAUCGAAUUGCUUCUGCAUUGGCAAAAACUUGCACAAAUAGCCGUGGAUUCGCUUCAACAACGACCCGUAACAGAAGGACAUGUUAAGAGGGCCAAAAAAGCAUUGAAUACUUUGUUAGCCUCCAUUUUCAUCGAUGACAAAGAGAAUCAUCACCACACGGGCAAAUCUGCCCCUGCUCCGGCCUCCUCGAAAGAUCACGAGACCAUCGGAAACCUUAAAUCGUUAUCCUAUCUUUUUGCAAAGUCAUGGUCGGCCUCUAAGCAAAUCCAGGCUAUGUCCUCCAAUCUGGCAGCCCCACGCGGCGGGGAGCCAACGGGUUUGGUAGUUCCAGUUUACUUGAUGAGCUCGAUUUUGGUUUUUGUAAUGUGGGCAAUGGUGGCUGCGAUACCAUGUCAAGAGCGGACGGGGCUAGGAGCACAUUUACAAUUAUCUAAACAAUUUGCAUGGGCACAACCGAUGAUCGGGUUGCAAGACAAGAUUGGGGAAGAUUGGAAGAAAAAGGAGAAGAAAGGGAGGAGCGGGUUGUUGGAGGAGACACAAAGAUUGGAGAAACUGGGGAUGGGAUUGGUGGAAUUUGCAGAGGGUUUUACGUAUCCGGUUGAGGCGGACAAGGCAGAGGAUAUGGCGGCCAAGGUGGCGGAGAUGGGUGAGAUAUGCCGGCGGAUGGAGGAUGGAUCGGUGCCUUUGCAAUUGCAAGUGAGGGAAUUGUUUCAUCGGAUUGUGAGGAGUAGGGCUGAGGCACUUGAUGUGCUUGAUCAAGUUAAUAAGAUAGCCACACCAGUUCCAUAUUAAUUCAUUACACAACCAUUUCAUUUCAUUUCAUUUCAUUUCAUAUAUAUGUUUGAUUAUGUCUAUUAAUUUGUAUGUUGUUACUAUAAUAAUUAUGUAGGGAUCACAUACUAUAGAGAUAGAUUGAAUUGGUAAGGUAUUUCAUUCA